CGUCGCGUCGGUGCAAGAACGCCCUUAGCUCCAAAUAUUGUGUCGUCUGCUAUUUUUGACGAUUUUUAGCCUUUUUGAGAUUUUCACAGAAAUGGAAUCUACAUGACACAAGAAUUCCAGAAAUAUAUUUUUUGUUGUGUAUUUCGAAGUUUCUGAUGAGUUAUGAGCAAUACAAAUAGGCCCUUAGUCGUCAUCACGGUUUACGUUCAGCGCAGUAACGCCCUCCCGUACUAGAGGCGUUUUAGCGCGGACUUCGCGGUACAAAAUUGUUUGUGCAAGAACGCCCUGCCGAUCAACAUGUCGUCUGCCGGGGAUUCCAGUCUACUACCUGAAACAAAUGGUAUAGACCUGCUCAUCCAAUGGAAAAAGGAUGGAUCCAGGCACUACGUGGAUUCGGAAGACGUUUGGUUCUUUAAGAAGAAUCCAUUAAGGAAAGGGACCAACGUGAAGAUGAAAGAUGAACGUGGGCGUUGGUGGGCAGGGAAGGUACUUCAAGUGAUUCAUCGUACUUCAUCAGACGAUGCUGAUAGUGUAAACACAGUUCCCUCCUGUGCCUCAGUGCAAAAUGAUGUCAUGGAUCCCGAUGAUAUGCCUCUAAAGCACCUAGUCCAUAAUGGGGAUGCUGAUUGGGACAACAUGGAUGCCUCCUUUGCCUCAGUGCAAAAUGAUGUCAGUGAUCCUGAUGAUGAUAUCCCUCUUAAGCACCUAGUACAUAAUGAAAUGACAGGGAAUGAACACCACAAGAGCUGCAUGCAUACUAAUUGCAGAGAGGACAUUUUUGCUGCAUGCGUCUUAUGCAUGUCACUUUUGUGUGCAAAACACUUUAUGGAGGAUGACCCCUGUGAGAAUCAUAUUGAACUUUUGAACGACCCCACCCUAGCCUUGAUUGUUGAGGCAAUACAUUCUGAAAUGCAAGUAGGAGGUGAUCACAUGGAUGCUUCUACUCCAGCUCCUAAUGGACACAACAUGGAUGCUUCUACUCCAGCUCCUAAUGGCCACAACAUGGAUGCUUCUACUCCAGCUCCUAAUGACCACAACAUGGAUGCUUCUACUCCAGCUCCUAAUGGCCACAACAUGGAUGCUUCUACUCCAACUCCUAAUGGACACAACAUGGAUGCUUCUACUCCAGCUCCUAAUGGCCACAACAUGGAUGCUUCUACUCCAGCUCCUAAUGACCACAACAUGGAUGCUUCUACUCCAGCUCCUAAUGGCCACAACAUGGAUGCUUCUACUCCAGCUCCUAAUGGACACAACAUGGAUGGUUCUACUCCAGCUCCUAAUGGACACAACAUGGAUGCUUCUACUCCAGCUCCUAAUGGCCACAACAUGGAUGCUUCUACUCCAGCUCCUAAUGGCCACAACAUGGAUGCUUCUACUCCAGCUCCUAAUGGACACAACAUGGAUGCUUCUACUCCAGCUCCUAAUGGCCACAACAUGGAUGCUUCUACUCCAGCUCCUAAUGGACACAACAUGGAUGCUUCUACUCCAGCUCCUAAUGGCCACAACAUGGAUGCUUCUCAAACGGAUGGUGGCGACAUGGAGGCUUCCAGUGCAUCAACUCCCGGCAGUGAUGGUGAUGGUACUCGUUCAACAAAACCAAGGAAAAGAAAAUCAACUCCUUCAGACUGGCAGAGAAACGUCAACAAAACUUUGAGGAAUUCCGGGGAGGCAUACGUCUCAGCCAGUGGAAAACAAAUAACCAAAAGACAGCCCGGACCUCCCUGCCACUCCUGCAAGUUUGAAUGCAAUAGGACGUUCUCCAUAGAAGCUAGAGAUGAACUUUGUAGGACGUACUGGCAAACAGGAGACUUCAACAGACGUGAUUUCCUCAGGAUGCAUGUGCAGAAUGAGAAGAUUCUCCAGUUACAAUUUUCAUCAGAAGGAAGGUGAUCGAGGCAUACUUCUGAAAGAAGCUAAGUAACUUUAUUCACAUACAUGUGUAUUAGGUUUUUUCUUUUUAACACAGGCAACAAACUGUGCUGUAGUCACAAUUGCAAUUAUUUUUCCUUGCAGAUAAUGGUCCAGCAUCUCUUGUCUGCAUUUAAUUUAACUAGAAUCACACAACUGUACCUGACUGAUAUGUGCAGUCAGUAAUUCUUAGUGUACUAUUUAGAUUGCAAUUGCUAUCAUGGUUUGCAACCGCAUGAAUGGCUUUUUGAAAGGUUCAUUUGUGUAAAUCUUACUGUGCCAGUUAACAAUUAAUUGUGUCAUUUCUUAAAGGAAUGUUAAGAUGCAUUAAGGAAAAAUAUUCCAUAUUAAUAUCAAGCAGGACUUGUGCUGUCACAGUGAUGGUCAUUGAAUUCUGGACUGGUUGUAUUACCAGUCACAGAAUAGAUCCAGAGUACGGCACUUUUCCCUUUCAACUAUAAGCAGGGAAGUAUAUUCCACAUUCAGUCUUUUGAUAUAAUUUAAAAAACAAAUCUUUUUUAUUGUUGAUAAAAUAUGAAUUGAUCAGCAGUAAAUUUAGAUAAAUUGGAGACAUUUUAACAUUUACUUAUUAACACAGCUACACCUAGACUUUUACAGGAAAGAUGCUGAAUGUCACACUGUGGACUGUAUGCUGAACUCGUUUUGAUACAUUCACAUAUCAAGUCUUUAGAAUGCACACUUUUGCUCUGCUCUUAGUUACUAGUUGCAGCUAUUCUACCAGGAAUUUUAAGAUGCAUUGAGUAGAAACGAGAGGACCUAAAGCCGUCGGUCCCCUGGUUGGUUACUUACUAACAAGCAUUUAUGCUUUCUUAGCAGUCAGGUAAAUUAACAACCAUGCAGUAAAAAAAAAAGUUGUAUCAAUAUUAAACAGGACUUGUGCUGUCACAGUGAUGGUCAUUAAAUUCUGGACUGGUUGUAUUACCAGUCACAGAAUAGAUCCAGAGUAUGGCACUUUUCCUCCUAAAUUAAGCAGGGACGUUUAUUCCACAGUCAUUACACGUCACACAUUGUAUGUGACACUGUAGAUUGUACGCUAGACUUGUUUUCAUACAGUUACAGAUCAAAUACCUAGAAUGGCACUUUUACUCUUGAGUAAUACAAUUUAUCUAUAUUUUUAGAAAAAAGCCAUGACAAUGAUUACUUGUGUCUUUUCUUCCAGAAAUUUCAAGAUGCAUCCAGAGCCGGUACAGCACCUCUCAUUAAAGUAAGCAGGGAAGUUCAUUCCGCUAUCAAUCUUUAGAUAUGCUUCGAAAACCCUUUUCUUUUAUUGCUGAGAAAUAUGAAUUGAUGAGCAAUAAAUUUUCAUAAAUCUGACAGGUUAGGUGGAGACAUUAUAAUAUUUAAUUAUUAACACUUAAACCAGGCUUUUACAGUAAAGGUGCCGAAUGACACACUGUGGACUGUAUGCUGAAAUCGUUUUGAUACAGUCACAUAUCAAAUCUCUAGGAUGCAUACUUUUGUUCUUGAGUAAGACCAUUUAUCUACUUUAGUCUUGGAAAACUGCCCGAUUAUGACCAGUUGUCAUUGUUUUAACAUAUUUCAUACUAAUGUUUAGCAGCUAGGACUUGUGCUGUCACAGUGAUGGUCAUUGAAUUCUGGACUGGUUGUAUUACCAGUCACAGAAUACAUCCAGAGUACGGCACUUUUCCCCUUAAACUAAUACCUAGAAUGCAUACUUUUGUGGUUGAGUAUGACCAUUUAUCUACUUUGGUCUUGGAAAACUGCCAGAUUAGGGCCAACUGUUACUGUUUUCUAAAACUAUUCCAUAUCGAUGUUUAGCAGGACUUGUGCUGUCACAGUGAUGGUCAGUGAAUUCUAGACUGGUUGUAUUACCAGUCACAGAAUAGAUCCAGAGUACGGCACUUUUCCCCUUAAACUAAUACCUAGAAUGAAUACUUUUGUUCUUGAGUAAGACCAUUUAUCUACUUUGGUCUUGGAAAACUGCCAGAUUAGGGCCAACUGUUACUGUUUUCUAAAACUAUUCCAUAUCGAUGUUUAGCAGGA